CCCAAAAUCAUUUUCAUUCAAGAAAAGCCAAAAGAAGUUGGAACCAAUGAACUCUGCAGAGUAGCAGCAAAAACAGAGCCUAAUCUGUUUUUUUCCCGUGCUUGCCCUUCUCCUUGGAUCUUCCUUUGCUUUCACGCUACAACCAUCUUGAGAAUUUUGUUAAAUCAGUUCCAAAACAUCGAAAUCUUUUAAAAUCCGCCAUGUUUGCAGUAAUCUUUCUCUUCUCUCUAUUCGAGCUAAUGGCCUCUGCCAAAACUCUGUUUGGAAAUCAAUUUUCCUUUGAAUAACAUCAAAGAACCUUGAAGUUCCGAUAUCAUUUUGGAAUUGGAUUUGGAUUUUUCUGGUUAUUUGUGGCUGAUGGAUUCAUUCACCAUUCGAAAUGUCAAAGCUGAGAAAGCUAAUGCAAUCCUGAGGUACCGCCGGCUUCAGAAGCUUGCAACACUCUGCCGUUUCAUUGAGCUAUGCGUUUUUCUGAUCAUGGUCUCCAGGAUUUCUUCACAGCUUCCUGUCUCUGUCAAACUGUUCGGAGAUUAUUUCCGGGACUUAUUUGUCGCCCUCCUAAGCCCCCGGUUUGUGUUCGUAGUCGGAAAUGCGAUAAUCAUAAUUCUCUUCUCAAAAUCGGGUCAGUUCUCAACUCAAGACCCUGCUGGGAAUAGCAUAGAAACUGGAAUAAUUGAAAAAAUCAUGGACAGCAGUGAAAAAGGGCUGAGGAUUGGUAAAGAUGAGGCCAAGUACAGGGCAAAACAGGGCACCGGCAUAGAAAAGAGAGUUUCCACAGAAGUGCAUACUUGUUCUGCAGAAACCAAGAAGAAUUAUAGGAGGAACCGAUCAGAGAAUUUAGUGCUUGAUCACUGCAAAAAGUCUCUCCAUGUACUAAAGCGGUCGGAGACCGAGAAAUACCAAAAAAGUUCAGAUUUUGGUGUGAAACAGGUCGAGCGUUCGUACUCAGAGGACAAUAUGAGCAACGAGGAGUUUCGGCGCACUGUCGAGGAUUUCAUCGCCAGGCAGCAAAGGCUUCUGAGGGAAGAAGAGUCCUAAGCUUUUGUUCUUUGGUGGCAGCUGCCAGCAGCAGCUGAAGAGGAACCUACGUGUUUUUCAGUUCUUCUCUUUGUUCUUUUCCCUCUGCAUAUGGUAAAACACUUGGGACUGCAAGGAAAUCUUUCUUGAAACAUUGUAUCUUUUUUUAAUUACAAUGCUAUGGGCGUGUACAGUAUUUUCAUGAAGAUCAAAAUUCCCUUCUGGGGUUUAUUGCU